AAGGAAGCAUCGCAGAUCGCUAAGAACAAUCCAUGGCAAGGAGCUCCAGAAACGAAGCAUUGAGCGAGGCAAGCGUGGGAUGAAGCCAUGGGCGCCGCAUCGUCUGCCCCCGUGUUGGGCGUCGACAUAAGCCCGAGCCACACCAGCAGUUGCUGGUGGGCUGGCAUUGCGCUGGGGGGCAAGCUGUACGGGGUACCCUGCAAUGCUGAUCAGCUGCUGAUCUACGAUGUCGCUGCUACUGAGCCAAUAAGAUACGUGGAUACCAGGAAGGUGGCUACUGGAGAGGGGAAGUGGCGGUCGAGUGUGGCACUGGGGGGCAAGCUGUAUGGUAUUCCAGACCGUGCGGAAGCGCUUCUGAUCUACGAUUUCAGCUCCGGCACCGUCUCGGGGGUGGACACGCGCAAGGUGUCCCGAGGGCCUUUCAAGUGGCAAGCGGCCGUGGCCCUGGCGGGGAAGGUCUAUGGGAUUCCGCACCAUGCCAGCAAGCUCUUGGUGCACGAUCCCAAGACCCGGGCUGUGGUGGGCGUGGAUACCACGCACAUCGCCACCGGCAACUCCAAGUGGCUGGCGGGGAUGAGCUUGGGAGCGAAGGUGGUAGGGGUGCCCUGCAAUGCAGAUGCCUUGCUGAUCUAUGACCCGCUGACGGGCCAUUGCGUUGGCGUCCCCACUGCUUACCAUGCAACUGGCCCCUUCAAGUGGCUCUCUGCUGUUACAUUUCAAGGUCUGCUCUAUGCGAUCCCCUGCCACGCCGAGUGCAUUUUGGUCUUCGACCCCUCCAAGAACCAGGUUUCGCACGUGGACACCUCCAGCAUUGCGACCGGGCCCGGGAAGUGGGUGGCUGCCGUCGCCUGCGCGGGCAAGAUCUACGGCAUCCCGGAUCACGCCACCUCUGUGCUGGUCUUUGACCCAAAGUCCCAGGAGGUUUCUGGCAUUGACAUCAGCCACUUGACAGCCACUGACACGAAGGGCAAGUGGCAGUCUGCAACAGUUCUUGGUGGCAAGAUAUACGCUGUGCCUUACAAUGCGCAUGAGAUCCUCGUGGUAGACCCGUCAGCUUCUCGAGCCUCCGUGGUGGAUGUGCGCAGCCUGGAGAAGGGCUCAGGGAAGUGGGGCUUUGCAGCAGCCAUAGGCGGCAAGCUGUGUGGCCUGCCUUGGGAUGCCACGCACCUUCUUGUGCACGAGCCACAAGAGGCGGGCGAGGAGACCCCUGCGCCGCAGAACUCCGAGGUGCCCAUCAGCGCAGCGGAAGCUGAGGCGGCAGAUCCCACAGAGAUCGGCUUCGAUGGCGCUGCAGACAUCUCUCCGAAUCUUGGAGAGCUGCUGGUGCAGGACUUUGUGGGUGCUUGGCUGAGCGAGUGGAUCUACUUCACAGACGAGACGAAGAAAUCUACGGUGCCAGUGAUGAAGGUGGGUGGCGUGCCUGUGAAGUUCCAGGUGCACAGCGUCAUGGACGACCCUUUGCAAGGCAGCCCGGCUCGGUCGGCGGUGGUCACCGCUGUCCUCCCUGACUCCGCCGUGGUCUACCUCGUCUUCAAAGGCUCUUCCUUCAUGAACGACUUCGUGGUGAAUGCCUCCGUCGGCCCGGACUACACGCCUUUUGAUGCCACGUUCGAUGACCGUACCACCUUCAUACAUCAUGGCGCCCACCAUGCCAUCGCUCAGCUCCGCGUGCAGCAGUGGCCAGCUCUGAAGGAGCAGCUGGAGCGCUGUGCCCAGGACGGCGUAAAGCAGCUGGUCAUCACCGGGCACUCCCUUGGAGGCCAAUAUGCCUUGGCCUUCAUGCUGCAGGUCUUCCUGGAUGGAGUGCGGGAAGCGCCCAUGCACACACUCCUGCGACAGGCCCGGUCCGUGGCUUUCGGCGCCCCGAUGUGCUACGGCGCCGCUGAGGGCUUCGAAGUGCGGCAGGACUUGGCCGAGUUCAUCCAGGAGCGAACCGUGGUCUAUGUGAAUUCCGGUGAUCCCGCACCGCGCUUGUGGUCGGAGCUUGACCUGGAGGACUUCAUGAGAUAUGCGGUCUCCUGGCUACAGCAGCAGGUGUCUAGCUUCUCCAUGCGCAUCCUGGACUAUGCCUCGGGGGGCCUUGCGCAAAAGGCACAGGAGAUCUUGAAGCGCCCAGACAUUGAAAAACAUUUGUUGCGGCCAGCAGCGCGCUACGUCCAUCUCUCUCAGAUUCGAGUCCUGGCCAAGGACUUUCUUUUAUGGCGGCCGCUGAGUUACGGGCGCAUGAACAUCGACGACCACAGCUUGUCACUGGGCUACAUGCCGGCGCUGUGCGCCGCCUUCGAUCCAGUGGCCGCUGGUGGACUCUGGGAUGAGAACGGGCAGCCGCUCGUCGACGAGGCAGGGCACGGCCUGAUUUGAGGGCAUCUUCCAACCCGCUUCGGACCGAGCCAAAGAUGCCGA